AGCGCCCCCUCGCGACUACUUCCAGAACCGAGGGCACGACGACGAUGUCGUGCUCCGUAACCACGUAUGGGGCAUCGGCUCCCCCGACGAUUGUGGAUGUAUCGGUUUUCUUGCAGCACCGCUGCUAACCCGGAAUCGUCCUCACACCGCCACUGGCCUGGCCCGCUUCGUUCGCGACAACGGCACCGACCCACCGGCACAUCCGUCCAGUAGCGACGGCCCACCUCGCCCGACCGCACGGAGAGCCCACCCGCCCUGCCGCUUUGGAGCUUCGAUAAAAAGGACAUGUGCCGCGGGGAGCUGCUGUCGGCAGAGGUCACCGCCUAAGCGGGAGCGUGGACGGGAUGGCCACUGGGAAGUCCAAGGCCCAAGCAGCGCCCACGGAGCCAGAGUGGGACCACUCCGUCCUGCAGCGACCUAUCACUCUUGGGACGCAGAACGUCAAGCAGAUACUUCACUGCAUGAGCAAUGGCAGCCGCGAGGUCAAGGACGUGCUGCUCAACGAAUGCAGCAUCCUCUUCGAGUGCAAAGUGUGCCGGAACCUCUUCCGCAGCCUUGCGAACCUCCUGGCCCACAAGAGGAUCUACUGUACGGAACACCUGUGCGAGACAAUGUCGCUUUGUUCCAGCCUCCCGGAGCCCGCCUCCGAUACAACAGUGACGGUGAUACCUCAACCAGUUCCCGCAGUGCCGACAAAAACUUCUCCCCAGCCCGUGAUCCGUUUGACCCCGGUCGACGGGAACCCAAAUGCAGUCUUCCAGAAGGUCCUGUCGCCGCCGCCGGAAAAGACACCCGUACGGCCACCUCGGUGCUCGGACAGCAAAGCACGAGGCCAUGAAAAGCUUGGCAACUCUUUUCGGCUUACAAAUUCCCUUAAGCUCGCAAACUCUGUCAAGCUCACCGUCCCCGAGAGACCGUUGGACUCUCCAAAGCUCGAAGUGUCAGAGACGCCUAGUGGUUCGGCGAAGCCUUUGAGCCCAGAGUCCCAACCCUGCCCAGAAUCGGACAAGAAACCGUCGUCGUCGCAAUCGCCCACAAGCCUUGCGACGUCUUCACGAGCCAGUUACCUGUCGAGCCGAACCGACUGCGACUUCUCCAAGCUGACGUGCCUCAACUGCAAGACGGAGUACACCUCAGUGAAGACUCUGUACCUGCACAUGGUGUCGCUGCACUCCAAGACGCGACGCUACUAUUCAUGCCCUUUUUGCAAGACCACAUUUGUGCAGAUGUGGGGCGUCACCCGACACCUGGUGAGCGUGCACAAGCAGACAAGGGACCAGAUCAUGCAGCUCAAAGACAGCAUUCAGAGCGGGGUGCUGCUCCGCAAGAGCAGGCUCCAGCAGAUGGCAGACGGGCUACUGCGCCAAAAUGGGCACGCAUCGCCGCCGGACGGCCGCCAGCUGCACCAGUGCAGCAAGUGCCGGCGCCAGUUCGGCCGCAGGUCGUCGUGCAUCUGCCAUGAAAAGUUCUGCUUCCUCGAAGGUCCCCGCAAGGCACCGCGCGGAUCCCGUAAGGGAAUCCCGCGCAAGAAGAUCCCCUCUCCUCUCAAGGAUCCGCCAUCCGGCGCGGACCCGCCCCACGUCGUUCUGCGAGUGACGAGCCCGCCGUGCUCCUUACAGUCUGACCCGGAGUCCUCGGCCGUCGAGACUCCCGACUCUGAAGAGAAGCUCGCUCUAGAGUUUCCCGAGCCAGAGCCGAAGCGGCCUUUGGAUUCGCCGGAGCCAAAGCCUCCUUCCGAGUUGUCGGAGCCGCCGAAGCUGCCCCCAGAAUCGCCAAAGCAGCCCCCGGAGUCAGGCUCGCGAGCCAACGUGCGGCCCAAGCGCAUCGCCGAGAAGAAGAUGAACAAAGACUUCAUCAACAGCCAGACGCUGAAGUGGCGCUCUGCCAACAAGAUCGAUACGCACGCGGUUCUUCCGGGCCCACCUAACAAGCGCAUCUCGCCAGCCGUCGAACGCAAGAUCCUGUCCAUCAUCGACUACGACCGGCUGACAUGCCUGCGCUGCGACCGACUCUUUUCAACCUUCUCCAACCUGCGGAGGCAUGCGGCAAUCCACCUGGGCUACAGCCGGUACCAGUGCACGCGAUGCAGCUACCAGUCCUACAACCGGUCGGACUGCCGGAGCCACGUGCAGCGGGUGCACGCGGACGCGCACGAUGUGGAGCGAAUGAUUGUGCACGUGCCGGGGGAAGAAGAGCGCCACCCCAUGGCGACACGGUUCCCCCGGCUCGACUCCCUCUCGACGCUCGUGACGAGGUCUGGCGCGUAUCCGAAACGGCCGCCCCCCGACCACCUCGGAUACUGCCUCCAGAACGCCAAGUGAAGACGCCCGCCCCCGACGUCCUGGGGCUAAGUUUUGGUGGGGGCGGGCGUCACCGCUCGCGAACGUGCGGGGGAGGAAGCGUGCAGGCAUCCCCGCGAUGCUCGGGCUGAUUGAAACCGGUGGAGACUGCGAACCGUGUCUGGAGCUCAGCUUGCAGCGCAUGGUUCUGGCCAGGGCUCGGGAUAUUUAAGGAGAGAAAAAAUAAAUAUGUUGCGAGAGGUAACUGGAACGCGACUGCUGGCAGUGUAGAGCUACGUGUUCCUUCAUUCUUUGAUUCCUGCUUACGGUCGAGGAGAUGCAUGAGCGGCGUUGCACAAAGGAAGCCGAGACGGUGUGAUCCACCUUUUCGCACCGCGUCAUCUACGGACAAUGCAGCACCAGUUUGAAGUACACGAAAUUCAUGCACCUCUAAAUUCAAGGAACUAACAAAGAGUAACCUGCAAGUGUUACAAAUAAAAAAAAAUUACCAGGA